UACUUCUAUCAUUGUUAAACUUCUCAAGACACCCCACUUCUCUCGCUCUCUCUCUUCCUCUCUCUUCUCCCAAGCCCAGCCCGCCACGACCUCUCCACUCCCUUGCCCCUUGUUCUAGACUUGCCUUAGGUUUUGUUAGGGUUUCGGUAAUCUAAUUUUGCCUUGAGGCUUGUUUUUCGUGAUGGAUGAUUAUCAAGAGAUGGAAAGGUUUGGCAUGGAGAAGGAUUACGAGGACGGCCAAUGGAUCGGCGGCGAGUUCUAUUAUCGCAAGCGCAAGGAUAAGCGCGUCCAGACCAAAGACGAUGUACUCUACGGCAUAUUCUCUGCCGAUUCCGACGACGACGAUGAAGACAACGAGGGCUCCAGAAAACGCAGGAAAGAUCGAAAGGUCGUCGACCUUACCAAGCCCGUCAAUUUCGUCUCCACCGGCAUCGUCAUGCCCAACCAGGAGAUGGACAACAAUUCAAAGCAGCAAAACGAUGACCUCGGCGCUACCGGCGUUGCCACCAGUGGCCUUGGCUUUGGUGCCGCUACGGCUUCAGGUUUGGGUUUUAAUAAUUUGAAUUCCGGUUUAGGUUUUAAUUCGAAUUCGGAUCCCACCGGUGGAGAGGAGGAGGAUGAGGAAAAUGACAGCAAUUUUCUGCCGACGGCGUUUGGGAAGAAAAUAAAGGAGGGAGCAGAGAGGAGACAGAAGGAGAGGGAAAAGCUCAAAUUGCUGAAGCAAACUACUAUCCAAUCUCGAAGUCGAAGAGAUUCUGAAGAAUCUCAGUUUGGACUAGGAGGAGCAAGGGGGGGCGGCGGGGAUGGUGACCUGGGGGCCUUUGAGAAACACACCAAGGGCAUUGGGAUGAAGAUGCUUAAGAACAUGGGCUACAAAGGAGGUGGACUUGGCAAAAACCAGCAAGGGAUUCUCGCUCCUAUUGAAGCCAAGUUGAGGCCAAAAAAUAUGGGUAUGGGUUUUAAUGAUUACGAGGAGACUAAAAUCAAGAGGCCUGGCUUGCAAGAAUUGGAAGCUGAAAAGCUGAGCAAGCCUUUGCCCGCUGUCAAUUCCUCUACCACCACCAAAAAGAGCAUUUCCUGGAAAAAGGCUGUUGCCAACAGGGCUAAUAAGGACCGCUAUGUCUCUGCCAAGGAGUUGUUAGCCAAGAAGCAGGAAGAGAGUACCGAGGUCUUUGUGCACAAGGUGGUUGAUAUGCGCGGACCCCAGGUUCGAGUCUUGACCAAUUUGGAGAAUCUGAAUGCCGAAGAGAAAGCCAGGGAAGAGGAUAUUCCCAUGCCUGAGCUACAGCACAACCUGAGGUUGAUUCUGGACUUAGCUGAGCUGGAUAUUCAGAAGAUUGAUAGGGAUCUGAGGAAUGAGAGGGACACGGCAAUCAGCUUGAACCAGGAGAAAGAGAGGCUGGCAACAGAGGCGGCCAGACAGAAGCAACACUUGGAUAGCUUGGGGGAUAUUAUGAGCGUGUUAGACCGACUGGGAGAAGAGAAUAUCAUGGGAACAUUGACGCUGGACUCCCUGGCAAAGGACUUUGGUGACCUACAGAAGAGAUACGCUGAAGACUAUGAAAUAUGUAACUUGUCUUGUAUUGCCUGUUCUUUUGCUCUACCUCUGUUUGUCAGGAUGUUUCAAGGUUGGGAUCCUCUUAGGAACCCGUCCCAUGGGUUGAAUGUGGUAUCCUCAUGGAAGGGUUUGCUUCAUGGAGAGGGGGUGAGAGAACAGUACCUUGAUAUUUGGGAUAAUACAAUGCCGCCUUAUACUCAGUUGGUUUCCGAGGUUGUGGUACCUGCAGUAAGGAUUGCUGGCAUCAAUACCUGGCAGGCCAAGGACCCUGAACCCAUGCUUCGCUUUUUGGAGUCUUGGGAGAAAUUGCUACCCUCUUCUGUCCUUCAUGCCAUAUUGGAUAUGGUAGUCUUUCCCAAACUGAAGGACGCAGUUGACUUGUGGGAACCUCACCGGGACACUGUUCCCAUCCAUGUGUGGGUGCAUCCAUGGCUACCACUCUUGGGACACAAGUUGGAGGAGUUGUAUCACACAAUACGCUUCAAGUUGAGUAACGUUCUCGGUGCAUGGCACCCCAAUGAUGCCUCUGCCUAUACCAUACUCUCGCCGUGGAAGAAGGUGUUUGAUUCAGCCAGUUGGGAACAACUCAUGCAUAGAUUCAUAGUGCCCAAGUUGCAGCUUGUCCUACAAGACUUCCAAGUGAACCCUGCAGAUCAAAGACUUGAUCAGUUUAAUUGGGUGAUGAGUUGGGCUUCUGCUAUUCCAAUUCAUCUAAUGGUAGAUAUGAUGGAGAAGUUUUUCUUCACCAAGUGGCUACAGGUUUUGUAUCACUGGUUAUGUUCGAACCCGAACUUUGAAGAGGUUUUGAAUUGGUAUAAAGGUUGGAAGGAACUCAUUCCUGAGGAGCUUCAUGCAAAUGAAAGUAUUCGAUAUCAGCUUAAUUGUGGUCUUGACAUGAUGAAUCGGGCUGUUGAGGGUAUGGAGGUGGUCCAACCUGGUUUGAAAGAGAAUAUUAGCUACCUUAGGGUGCUUGAGCAAAGGCAAUUUGAGGCACAACAGAAAGCAGCAGCAGCACAAGCAAACUUGGGUGGCACUGCUCACAUGGAUGGCAGUGGUAAUGAGAUGAGCUUGAAAGAUGUUAUUGAAGCCCAUGCGCAGCAGCAUGGUCUGUUAUUUAGGCCUAAACCUGGGCGGAUGCAUAAUGGUCACCAGAUAUAUGGCUUUGGUAAUGUAAGCAUAAUAGUUGACUCUCUAAAUCAAAAGGUAUAUGCCCAAACAGAGGAAAGCUGGUCUCUUGUAUCCCUUGAAAGGUUGCUUGACAUGCACAAUAGUUCUCUUUCAAGAAGACGCUGAGUUUUAGAAAGGCCUUUGAAGAGUUGAAGGGAUGUGUGGUGACUCUGUGCUGGGAAUGGAGCUGGUGGAUUAGGUUGUGUGUGUAGUUGCCGUUGGUCAUGGACUGAGAACUGAAAAUAUUAGCUUGGUCACGUAUGUGCAGUUGGCUCUUUAGACUGAAAAGAACUGAAAUGAUUUCCUUAAGAAACAAAGGAUGAAAAGAAGAAGAAUAAGGAAGUGUAAUCCAAAGAAUUCACGAUGUUGCAGAGUUGAUGAAGUGAAUCUUGUGCUGAUGCGUGGAUUGAGAAAGAGGUUGUAGCCUUAAGGGAGGAUAGAUGCCCUAAAGUUCAGGUUGUGACUUCUGAUCAUAUUCAGCAGCAUUGCAGCACAUGGAGCAGGAGCCUUCAUCUGGAGCUGCAAUGCAUUGGUUUCUGAGAUUAAAGCAUCACAAAAGGAGUUUGAGGGGAUGCUUCAGGAACACAGGGUACAAUGUACUUGUGAAAAAGCUUUGAAUUUGGAUGAAGACUGGCGAGCUCGACUUGAAAGGGAUAUAAUCAUGAAGCUUCAACAUCUAAACUUGUGAAUGCUCUAGUAUUAAGGACGAUGCCUAUACUUGAUAAAGACUCAAUUUGACUGUAACUUGAUUUGAGACAUUUGAUAAAUGAAAUUAUCAAGUUCUUUGACCUAUUUUUACUUUACCGGGGAACAAGAAUGUUUGGCUAAUAA